AUGACCCCAGAGUCUGACAGACUAAAAGGAAAUUGUGCUUUAUUCAGUCACAGUGAAGCCUUUGUAGGAAGAAUCGCUGCCGCGGCGCAUUUCACUGGUCGGAACAUAGCACAGAGACCAAUAAUUACCAUAUUAAAUCAGGAGGCCGGAGUGCUGCGCUGGCAGGAGUCUCACUUGGCGUCCUCUCCAGUUUCUUACAGCUGGUUUCAAUCUGGGGAGUUUCUUGGUCUUGCUGAAGCUUUCCCCCCGUGGAAGAUUGAGCUGGAAUCAGGAAGAAUGAUGUUAAGAAAAUCAUAUCUGAUACCUACCUCACCAGAGGAGCUACCCAACACAUUCCUACGACGUCAGAAGCGAUAUGCUAUUAAUCCCUUACUGCAUAAAUGGGACCACUUCAACAUCACCUACAAGAUUGUGCAGUUUCCAAACACUCUGAAUAAAGAUGACACCAGGAAGGCCAUUGCCAUAGCGUUUGUAAUGUGGAGUGAUGUGUCACCUCUGACUUUCACAGAGGUCCCACCACAGAAGGAUGCAGAUAUCAAAAUCGGGUUUUACACAUUCAAUCACACUGACUGCUGGUUCGCUCCUCUUCACCCUUGCUUUGAUGGACUUAAUGGUGAGCUUGGUCAUGCUUUUCUGCCACCACUUGGCGAGAUUCACUUUGACAAUCAUGAGUUCUGGAUUCUGGGCAAGUCUCGGUUCAGCUGGAAACAAGGUGUUUGGCUCAAUGAUUUGGUGCAGGUAGCUGCUCACGAAAUUGGACAUGCAUUAGGCCUAAUGCACUCCCGCAAUGAGAGUGCAUUGAUGCAUCCCAAUGCAACCUUUACAGGACAACGAAGGAUCACGCAGGAUGAUAUCUGGGGAAUCCAGAGAUUGUAUGGUUGCAUUGAUAAGAAGAGACUGUGCGAUCCCUGGGCUCGUCUUGGAUUCUGUGAGAAACGGCGCUCUUUCAUGAAGAAACAUUGCCCUGAAGUGUGUGACCUGUGUUUUGAACCACCAGACACAGCAGUUACAACCACUGCUCUCCCUCAGAAUGUCAGGAUGAAAUAUGUGUCCAAAGGUCGUAUAGUGACCUUCAGAUGUGGAAAAACUCUCUCACAUGCAACUCCCCUCAAUGUCAGUUGGUACAAGGAUGGAGAAUUAUUGACCAGUUCAGUGCCAGGAUACUUCAUUGUGAAAAACCAGGAUCUCAGCAUUGUAGCAAACGAGUUUAAUGAGGGGCUGUACACAUGCCAAAUCCGACAGAAAACAUUAACAAUUCAGGCCAAUUCUUGGUGGAUCAGAGUCAAGGAAGACAAUGAUAUUGAUAAGCUGCAAGAUCUCAACUCCCACUCAGGAUGAGUGAGAGUGACAUUGAUCCAAACCAUUUACAAGAUGUAAUGAUGAUCACGGACAAUGACCUAGUAAUAACUAGUUAUUUUACAACAUCAAUGGACAGUCACUAACCAACAUCAGUGACUGCCCAACCAGAUGGUCAUGGAUUUGAGUCAUGAUAUUAACUGAAAUUAUAUUUAAUCAGCUCUAUAUGAAUUCUCUGAGAUUGUUGGUGAGCAGUGUGCCUGAGGAAAACAUUCCCAUUUGGAAAUGGGAGAAAAACACAUUCUGCCCACCUCGUGCUGGGGUAAGUGGGUGCAUUGCUGAGUCAGUCAAUCCUCAUGAAGGUUGACAUAUCUUGACUUCAAUUCCCUUCUCUUGAACUGAGAAAGGGAGAAUGGAAGAUUCUGUAAAAUUGGAAUGUGAAAGAAGUGAAUUUUCGAGGUUAUUACACAUCUGUAUUAGCUUCACAGAGUCACACAGUAUAGAAACAGUCCCUUUUAGCUAUUGAGCAGAUAAAGAAUUGGCAAACUCACAAACUCCUCCGCGGAAUGCAAGAAUAAAUUAGAUGGCAGGUUUGCAUGAUGGAUCCUGCCCAAUUUUCUGCCCUAAAUGAACGAAAAAUUUGUUACAGUUCCAUUAUAGAUGCUCACCUUUAUUUCUACACUUUAUCCACACAAUAUAAUGUGAGAAAUGUGUCUGUGUGUUCAAAUGUGAAGUGGAAGGACUGUUACAACACCUUUUUGUUCAUUUUCCGAGUCAGCCAUAUCACCACAGACAGGCAGCAAUGUAGAGUGAGUGUGGUCACUAGUAUAACUGUGCCAUUUCAUUAAUAAACAUCAACUUAUAAUGAAAUAAUAAUUCAUUCACAUAAGGGCAUUUAGGGAUGGGUAAUAAACGUUCACUGCACAAGUGCCAACCAUAUCCGAUGAAAAAAAUUAAACAAAAGUAAGCACAGAAGAUACUGGAAAUCACUGAGAACUUUGGGUGACCUGUCAGUCAUGUUCAAGAAUACCAACCCUGAUAUCUAUCCAUUCAAAUAACCUAUUCUUUCAUAGAUAAAUACUGUGGAAAGAAAGCAAGAUAGGUUUAUGUCUCACUCAAGGGAGAAAGCACAAUGCUAUACUGGCGUGUCAGCCUAGAUUAUGGGUUUUAGUCUCCGGAGUGAUGUUUAAACGCAACCCCUUCUGACUCCGAGUCAAUGUGCUGGUGCUACAGCCACAGAAGUGGCCAAUGUGUCCUAACUGGUUGAAUGGGCGAUCAGUGGAUUUGUGACUUUUUCUCUCCCUGACAAAGUGUCUUUACCAGCAGUGGUCCAUUCGUUGAUGGUUGCAAAAGAGUCUGUAAUCCUGCAAUGUUUUAGCCACCAACUAAAGGUGACUAAUUGUAUUUGUCGUUCAUAAAUAAAAACAAUACAUAACA